AUGCGGGCACCACCACCAGCACCAGCUGCUGCCGGAGACAGCCGGCCUCUACGGCGAUCCAAGAGAAGAUGGAUUAUUACCACCUUGGAGCUGGAGGAGGAAGAUUCAGGACCCUUUCCCAAGCUGGUGGGUGAGCUGUUCAAUAAUAUGUCUGCCGACAUGGAAUUAAUAUAUUUAAUCAGUGGACCUGGAGUGGAUAAAUACCCAGAGAUCGGUUUGUUUUCUAUAGAAGAUAAUGCGAAUGGAAAGAUAUAUGUUCAUCGCCCUGUUGAUCGAGAGAAAACACCAUCUUUUACGGUGUAUUUUGAUGUUGCAAAUCGCUUGACGGGACAAAUUGUGGAUAAAUCCUUGAUUUUCAACAUCUGGAUCAGCGACGUGAAUGAUCACGCGCCCCAGUUCCCCGAGAAGGAAUUUAACGUCAGUGUGAAGGAGAACCAAGCUGCAGGUCAACCUAUUUUUCAGAUGUCAACAGUGGAUUUGGACCAAGAAAAUACUCCAAAUUCUCAAGUCCUUUACUUCCUCGUUUCCCAAACGCCGUUACUGAGAGAAAGUGGCUUCCAGAUCGACCGUGUUAGUGGAGAAAUACGACUGUCAGGAUGUUUAGAUUACGAGACUGUUCCUCGGCUGACUCUGCUAAUCCAGGCUGAGGAUUGUGGAGAACCACCGCUGUCGUCCACGGCCACGGUUCACAUCCACGUGCAAGACAGCAACAACCACAGGCCCACGUUCACCCAGGACAACUAUAACGUUCAGCUUUCGGAAAGCCGGGCCAGCCAGGACGUGUUGCGUUUCCAGGUCCAAGAUGGGGAUUCUCCAUUCACGCCCGCGUGGAGAGCGAAGUUCAAUGUGUCGCGUGGCAAUGAAGAGGGACAUUUUGACAUUCUGACUGAUCCUGAGACCAAUGAAGGGAUUUUAAACGUUAUCAAGCCUUUGGACUACGAGACUCAGCCAGCAUGGAGCCUGGUGGUGACCGUGGAGAACGAGGAGCCGCUCUUCUCCUGUGAGGCGGGGCGGCUACAGAGGCCCGUGCAGGCCGUGGCCAGCGCCACUGUGAGUCUGCGGGUGACCAACGACAACGACCCGCCCACCUUCCACCCCGGGACCUUCAUCGUCAGCGAAGUGGACGGCGCCGAGCCCGGGACCCAGCUGGGAAUUUUUAAGGCCACGGACCCAGACAGAACUGCCGGCCGGAUAAGAUACGCACUGGCUUAUGACCCGGCAGACUGGGUCAGUGUGGAUGAGAGGUCCGGGGCCGUCAUCACCAGGAAGCAAAUUGACCGCGAAUCCCCUCACGUCAACGAGAGCUUUUACGUGAUCAUCGCUCACGCUAUUGACGACGGUGUCCCACCGGGAACGGGGACGGGGACCAUGCUGCUCUUCCUGUCAGACAUUAAUGACAACGCGCCCACCCUGCACCCGAGGUCUCGGAAACUGGAGGUCUGCGCGUCCGCAAGAGACACUCCCCUCCUCAUCGAGGCGGAGGACGCGGACCAGGAGCCCUACUCCGACCCGUUCACCUUCAAACUGGACAACAGUCGGGGAAACCUAGAAGACACGUGGAAACUGGGGGAAAAUCGAGGUCGCUCAGUGGAACUUCUAAUGCUGAGAAGCCUCCCACGUGGUUACUACUCCGUGCCGCUUUUCAUUGGAGACAGACAGGGACUCUCCCAGAAGCAGACAGUCCACGUGAGGGUCUGUUCCUGUCCUGAUGGAUUCACGUGUGCAGAGCCCUCUGUCUCGGGAGCCAGGCUCCUCCAGGGGAUCCUGGGCCCUCUCUGUGCAGCAUUCAUAGCUCUGGCAGCCGCUCUGCUUUUCCUGCUGAGAUGCUCUUCUGUAGCUGAAGCCGACAGGCAGGGAUGCUCUAUCCCAGGUGAUGAAGGCAUCCAGACCCUGAUUGCGUGGAACGACGAGAGUGGAGCCGCCCCCAUCCAGGGAAGGUCAGACGUCAGGGAUCGGAUGUCAGCCCUAUCCAUCAACACAGCCAAGGCGGGCGCCAAGCUGGGUGCCAAGCUGGGCGCUAAGGAGAGAAACGAAAUGCUGCAGUCUCCGUUGAGUGCAUCAGACCAAGUACGCUUUGUCCUGGGAACUCCAGUGAAUUCCACAAGUUCACUCCCCACUGCCGGAACUUCACUGGGUCGUGAUGUGUCUUUUGAGCCAAGAAGUGUGAGAAACAAAUACUCUACUUCUGUUCACCUGGAUCCCAUGGUGCCCAGAGGAUCCCUGGAGGUGAGGGUACGAGCGAUGGCCGAGAUGCUGAGUCAGCAGCUCUGCGGCGCUGACCUCCCCGAGGGAGACCCUGGCUACCCGCCUCACGUCUACGCGGAGGAGGGCGAGUGUGAGCCCGCGGAAACCCUCAGCUCUCCCGCCUGCUCCGAGAACGACCUGCCGCUCGACUUGCUGGACUCUUUGGGGCCAAAGGCUGCUCCGCUCGAAGAAAUAUAUUCUGAGUCAGGUUUUCGUUCCUUAAAAAAUGCAUAUUUUGGUGAAUUGCAAUAAUUCACGAAGGGGAAAUCACUAUUCUAGAAUUUUUUUCCUCACUCCCUUUUUAAAAAAAUUACCUUCUAGUUCUUAAAUGAGGUUAAACUGAGUCUGGAUUAAAUGCUUGGACGUUCUUGGACCAGACAUCUUGAACCAAAGCAAAACAGCAGGUUAUACUUUUUAAAACUUUGAUUUGUCAGGCAGAUUUUCUAGAGAAAGUUGAAUUUAAUUGUGUAAUUCCUUGCUUCCAUGAGCAGCCCGACUCUGAGGGUAAAUGAGAUAUAAUCCUCAGAUUACCCCAGCUACUUGGGAACAACAGGUAAUACUGGGACACCAGACUUUUUAAGUGCUUAUUUAAAUUUCUGUAACUAUGAUUCUGCUUUACUUUAAGUGAAAAAUAAGUAAAUAAGGAAAUGUUUUCUAGAACAUU